AUGUGGUGCAUGACUGAAUCUAAAAAUAACUCUGAUAAUGUUGGCUUAAGCAACUGUGUGAAUAAUGUGUUAUUUAGUGAGAAAGAAAAGACUGAGAAAAGAUCAAGGUGUAAGGAUUUGGAGUAUCGUAAAUUCUGCUCUGGACAUGUUAAGAUUCAGCCCAGUGAGAGCCAAAGAGUCUUCAGGAAACCAUAUCUACCAGGCCAGCUGCCACCACCUCCCCUACCUUACAGGCCUUUACGGGUUCCACCAGGCUUUCCUCUUUUCCACAGCCUGAGACUUAUUCCAUCACCUCCCCUUCACCUUGUCCCAGGACGAGUUCCACCAUAUCCUCCUCCUCGCUUUGACCCAGUGCUCACUCCAUAUAAACCCCUUUCAUUGAGACCUAUUAGACAACAUCGACCCUUUCCAGGUUAUCUAAUUCCACCUUUCCAACCAAGACCUUACCUUCCAGAACCUAUUAGGGUGCCAAGACGCCAACCUCCCUUUAUUUUUGCAUAUUAUCCUAUUUACCCUCCCUUCUUUAACCCUAAAUCUCAGAUAAACCCAACCACCACAGCUACAACCACAUUCUCCAAAGAACUCACCACCACAUUAGCAACCACCAUCACUUCCACAGAACCCACCACCACAACAACCACCAUCACUUCCACAGAACCCACCACCACAACCACCACCAUCACUUCUACAGAACCUACCACCACAACCACCACCAGCACUUCCAUAGAACCUACCACCACAACAACCACCAGCACUUCCACAGAACCCACAACCACAACCAUCAUCACUUCCACAGAACCCAUCACCACAACCACAACCAUCACUGCCACAGAACCCACCACCACAACCACCAGCACUUCCACAGAACCCACCAACACAACCACCACCAGAACUUCCACAGAACCCACAAACACAACCAUCAUCACUUCCACAGAACCCAUCACCACAACAACCACCAGCACUUCCACAGAACCUACCACCACCACAACCACCAGCACUUCCACAGGACCCAGCACGACUACCACCAGAACUUCCACAGAACCCACCACCACAACAACCACUAGCACUUCCACAGAACCCACCACCACCACCGCCAGCAUCACUUUCACAGAACCCACCACAGCAACAAUCAACAGCACUUCCACAGAAUCCGCCACCACAACAGAAACCACUGCCUCCUCAACAGUAUCUACCUCUUCAACAACAGCGUCCACCACCCCCACAUCAGCAGCAACCAACACUACAACAUCUACUAAGGAUACUACUGAAAGUAUCACCAGCCCUCUCUCCACCAUAUUGCUCAGUGCCACUACUCAAGUUACAACCCCCAAUCAAACUACAUCAAGCAGCACAGCAUUUAAGAAUUUUUAUCAGAAAAUCCUUUCCAUUUUUGGAAAGAUUUUGAAGAUGUGA